CUAAUCUCUGAUUCUCUCUCCCUACAUACAUACAAGCUUUUCUUUCCCCUUGGUUUCCCUCUCUCUAGCCCCUGACCUCGUCCAGUUCACGAUCUCUCUCUCUCUCUCCGAUUUCCGUUUCCGAGCGAUCAAUUGGGAGAAAAGGAGAAGAGAGGGAAUCUGAGGCUUCGAGAAUCAUGUCGAUGUCCGAUUCAGAUUCCUCGUCGAAUAGCGGCGAGUACAAGAAUUUCAGACAAGUCAGCCGUGAUCGAUUAUUGCAUGAAAUGCUACAGUCAACCAAAACAGGGGAUUCGAAAUCAACUUGGAAGGUACUUAUCAUGGACAAACUCACUGUCAAGGUAAUGUCUUACUCGUGCAAGAUGGCUGAUAUCACAGACGAAGGUGUUUCAUUGGUUGAAGACAUAUACAGGCGGAGGCAGCCAUUACCCUCUAUGGAUGCCAUAUACUUCAUCCAGCCAUCCAAAGAGAAUGUUAUAAUGUUCUUGUCAGAUAUGUCUGGAAGAACGCCACUGUACAGGAAGGCAUUUGUUUUCUUCAGUUCUCCUAUUUCAAGAGAACUGGUUAAUCACAUCAAGAAGGAUACAACUGUUUUACCUCGUAUAGUUGCAUUGAAAGAGAUGAAUUUGGAGUACUUUGCCAUAGACAGCCAGGGUUUUAUCACCAAUAACGAGAAGGCUUUAGAGGAACUUUUUGGAGAUGAAGAGAAUAAUCGGAAAGGUGUUGUGUGUUUGAAUGUGAUGGCUAACCGCAUUGCUACAGUUUUUGCUUCGUUAAGGGAAUUUCCUAACGUGCGUUAUCGUGCUGCCAAGUCUCUUGACGCAACUACAAUGACAACCUUCCACGAUCUAAUUCCUACCAAGCUUGCUGCUGGUGUUUGGGACUGUCUUAUGAAAUAUAAAUCACUUCCUAACUUUCCCAAGACAGAAACAUGCGAGUUGCUCAUUCUUGACAGAUCUGUAGAUCAGAUUGCUCCUAUCAUUCAUGAAUGGACAUACGAUGCCAUGUGCCAUGAUUUACUGAAUUUGGAAGGAAAUAAAUAUGUGCAUGAGGUUCCUAGCAAAACCGGAGGUCCACCUGAGAAAAAAGAGGUUCUUUUGGAGGAUCACGAUCCUGUCUGGCUUGAGCUUCGACAUGCACAUAUAGCAGAUGCUAGUGAGAGGUUGCAUGAGAAGAUGACCAAUUUCAUUUCAAAGAAUAAAGCUGCACAGAUCCAGCAUGGUUCAAGGGAUAGAGGUGAAUUUUCUACACGGGAAUUGCAAAAGAUGGUUCAAGCAUUACCACAGUAUAGUGAACAAAUUGACAAGCUCUCGCUCCAUGUAGAGAUUGCAGGAAAAAUCAACAGAACUAUCAGGGAAUCUGGGCUUCGGGAACUCGGGCAGCUGGAGCAGGAUCUAGUUUUUGGAGAUGCAGGAAUGAAAGAUGUAAUCAAAUUCUUGACCACAAAAGAGGAUACAACUCAUGAAAAUAAGUUGCGCUUGUUGAUGAUUCUUGCAGCUAUUUAUCCUGAGAAAUUUGUGGGUGAGAAGGGUCUCAAUAUAAUGAAGUUAGCAAAGUUACCACCUGAAGAUGUGAAUGCCGUUCAUACUCUGAGGGUACUGGGUGGAUCCUCUGAUACCAAAAAAAGCUCAACUGGAGCUUUCUCUUUGAAGUUCGAUAUUCACAAGAAGAAACGUGCAGCUAGGAAAGAGCGUACUGGUGAAGAAGAAAAAUGGCAGCUAUCACGCUUUUACCCUAUGAUUGAGGAACUCAUUGAAAAGCUUAGCAAAGGUGAACUGUCAAAAGAUGAUUACCCAUGUUUGAAUGAUCCAAGUCAAAAUUUUCAUGGGACGUCUCACAAUGCAACAGUAAAUCAAGCUUCAGCUGCUCAUUCAAUGAGAUCAAAGAGGACACCUACAUGGGCUCGGCCUCGGAACUCUGAUGAUGGUUAUUCAAGUGAUUCAAUACUAAGACAUGCAUCUAGUGAUUUUAAGAAGAUGGGCCAACGGAUAUUUGUAUUUAUCAUUGGUGGGGCUACUAGAUCUGAGCUUAGGGUUUGCCACAAGCUUACAACUAAAUUGAAGAGGGAAGUUGUUUUAGGCUCAUCAAGUCUUGAUGAUCCUCCACAAUUUAUUACGAAAUUGAAGAUGUUGACGACAGAUGAAAUCUCAUUAGAUGAUAUUCAGAUCUAAAUGCGUGUGGCUUACGAGGCCUGGAAUGUGCUUUUGCUCUCGUCCUGAACUCAAAUUGUAAUCAUAGAGACAUUAUUCCCUUGAUGUCCAUUUUUUAACAAUCAUCAAUAUAAACUUUUGCCUUUUGACGUGGUGGAGCCAUCACAGGUGUGUAUGAUACUUAGAUUUAACGCAGAGUAAUAAUAUAACCAAGUAAAUUUGUGAAA